AUGGUUCCUUUCCAAGAGGUUCUCGCUGAAGUGAGGAGGUUUUUACAAGAGGCGAACCCAGACCUGCUUCUGUCACUUUUCAACCAGCUUUUGGAGGCUCGGAUCUUUUCAGAGCAGUACUACCAGUCCCUGUUCGACCAUGUCGAAGGGAAUCCUGAAGAUGAAAGCCUGGGUGAUCUGGAUGACUUGGCCAGGAGGCUUGCUCUGCCAGUUUGGCAGAACUGGGAUACCAGCAAGGGGAUCCUGUUCUCAGCGUUUAUGGAGAAGGAGCCAGACUUCAGUGAUUUUUAUACAGAACCAGAGGACUUCUCAGUUGAUGGAGAUCUUUGGGGGACUAUAGACAAUAACCUGUUGGAUUGCUUAGGCUUUAGCUCAGGCUUUGAUCCCGAGACAUAUCUCGAUUCCAGUUUCUGUGAUGAUGUGUUCGAUACCCUACCUGAUGGAUCAGAAGAAAAAUCCAUAUUUGCGUUUGAAGAAGAAAACCCAGCUGUACGUAAAAGUCAAACCAGAAAGAGACGAGGUAAGUGCUGUGAAACUGCAUCUAAAAGAGGGCCGCGUCCUAAACGAAAUCGAAAAGCCCCGUCUAGCAAACCCCCCUCUGACGUCAUCAUGGCUACGCUGGACGGGAUUUUCCAGAUCAGCGUGCCUGCUAGUGAACCGCCUGUGGUCCAGACUCUCACCAUAUCCACCGCCUCACUGAUGCCAUCUGGUGCACCGACGAUGCAGAUCAUACAGACCAUUAAUCAUCUCUCUCCUCCUGUGAUUAACAGUAUCCUGCCUGUAGGACCCACGUAUGUGCUGGUUUCACCUCAGUCCCUGACACCAGUGCCGCAGAUUGCACCUCCGUCACCAGCUAAUGCUGCUGUGGCUCCUCUAGAGCUCAGCACGUCCACGUACCCCGUGAGUUCCUCAUCAGAAAGUGCAAGCCAACGACAUUCUCCAUCCCCUCCUACGACUGUCACUGUUGUUUCGCCCUCAAAGGACAAAACAACAUCGAAGGAAUUUUCUCCCACAAGCCGUCAAACCAAGACGACCCCGGUGAUCCCAAAACACGUGGAGGACUACAUUCAGGGUCUGAAGUCACACCUGAGAGAAACGUGCAGCCGGAUGGACGGCGGCAGGAGCAUGGAAACUCACUACGUGGACACACAGCUGGUCAGGAGAAUGCUCAUUAUCAGGACGGGCAAGAACGCCAACAAGUGUCUGGAGAAGGAGUUAGUGGUGCUGAGCAACUCCGAGAGAAAGAAAUCGACAGUCCAGCGGAAUCAUGUUUUCCAAAACUCUGGGAGCAAUAGCAAACAUUUAAUCACCGUCCUUGGGAAGGCCGGGAUGGGAAAGAGCGUAUUUAUCCAGCGUCUGACCUUGGACUGGUCAUCCGACGACCUUCCGCAAUUCCAGUUUGUCUUUUUACUAAAUUGCAAAGUCCUGAAUCUUACUCAGCCGAACUACAGUCUGAAGACUUUGCUGUUUGAGUCCUCUGCAUGCCCCCCCUGUAGGAAUGAGAAUUCGUCGGCGGUUUUCCAACACGUCCGCGCCUCUCCGGAGAAGGUACUGAUCGUCUUCGACAGCUUCGACGACAUGAAAGACCUCGAAGGUCUCCUUCAGUCCCCGGCUACCUCGGAAAUGAGCCAGAACUACAGCGUCAGGCAGCUGUUUUCUGGUCUGUUUCAGAAGAAGAUCCUAUCGGGGUGCACCCUCCUGAUCGCCUCCAGACCCAAAGACGUCCUGAACCAGCUCCUGCGCAAAGUGGACAGCAUCUUGGAAGUGUCCGGGUUCUCCUCAAAAGACAUAGAACUGUACACAGCCAAAUAUUUUGCAGAUUCUUCCCAGCAGGACAAGGCGCCGAGAAAAAUCAAGAGCCAAAAGUACAUUUUCAGCUUGUGUUCGAAUCCCUUACUUUGCCAGGUUACGUGCUCUCUGGUGGAGCAUCACGACAGCAACUUAAACGCUUUGCCAUCGUCGCUUACGGAUUUAUUCCAGCAAGUGCUCAGCCAGAAUCUGGAGCUGAACAAUGACAUUGAGAAAUCUAAACCGGACCUGACGCAGCUCUGUAAUGUAGCAUGGGAAGGAAUUAAGACUCACAGCACGCUUUUUAAACACAAUCAAACCAUCUCCAAGGACUUGCUGGACUAUGGACUUGACUCUGGAAUUUUAAUGACCCAUGCAGGGCAAAAUUCAGACAAAAUCAAGGACACUCACUAUGCCAAUCUCUUCAUGCAGAACUUUCUAGGUGCCCUGUGUUUGGUAAAUUCUAAUGAACUAAACGAUAAAACGCUUUUAUCCCAAACGGUGCUCCACCAACGGAAGCGAAAGUCUCAGGGAGAAUGGCAGGACGUGCUGCAGCGCUUCGUUAUUGGAUUACUGUUUCAGAAAAACGCCGUCCCCUGCUGUCGGAUUUUGCACACCGCUACCGAUUUACAGGCGAAGAGAAAAGCCGUAGAGGUCCAGCUGGAGAACCUGAAACCAGGUACUCUGAGCUCCAGCAGGUUAUUAGAAGUCUUUCACUGUGUGUACGAGGCCAGAAAUGUCAAGCUGGCCAAACUUCUGGUCAAGAACCUUACUGACGAUUUGUCCUUUUCUGGAGCUCAACUCUCUCCGGUGGACGCUUACGUCGUUUGGCACAUCCUUAAGUGCACCAAAGGACUCAAACGAGCUCUCAGCAUCGACCUGCGGGACACGUGUGUUCCUCUCACUGGUCUUAAAGACCUGGUCGCACUGGACUGUGUCAAGUCAUUUCGGGCACCCACGAUGGACACGAUUAACCUGUGGGAGGAUUUGCAAAGCAGCGACGACAAAUUAACUUUAAAACGUGCCAUCGAAAAAUUCACCAUAGACCCAAUCAAGGUGUCGCAAGUGUGUCACGUGGAAGACCUGGGUGUACUCGUCCAAAUCCACAAGGAGAAGAAGCUGCCGUCAUGUGAGGCUGAUCCUGCUCUGGAGGGUGGCAUCCCAGCGGUGAGAAAUCUUCACAAGCUGGAAUACGAGCUCGGCCAGCAGAACGGACCCGAGGCUUUCCUCAAGCUGGUCGGGAUCUUACCCGCCCUGGAGUCUCUGCAGUACCUGGAUAUUGAGAAAAACAAAAUUGGUGAUGCUGGAGCUACAAAGCUAGCUGGCGUGCUGAAAUCUUUAUCCUCUUUAAAGAUGCUGAAUCUUUCUCAGAACUGCAUUGGAGACGCCGGCGUGGAGAACCUGGCUGAGGCGAUGGCCUUCACCUCGUCACUACAGAACCUCAGCCUGUAUGGAAAUCUGAUAGCUGAUAGAGGAGCUGAAAGCUUGGCCUCAGUUCUACCGCUCAUGAAGUCUCUGCUGGAUUUGGAUGUAAAGUAUAACAAGUUUACAGACGCUGGGGCAGAAAAGCUCACCGCUGCACUAAAAAGCUCUCCGUGGAUGAAGUCUCUUGACAUGUGGAACGACUGUAUUCCAUACGGGGUUUUUGAGCAUCUUCAGCUUCAAGAUUCCAGGAUCAAAGCUUUAUAAAUCACCUCUUCUAAAAGUCAAAGUGCUGCUACUAACAUGCUGUUCUGCAAACACACACAGGUCACUAAAUGCUAUUUGGUAUGGUACUGCUGCCUAGCGACAAAAUCCCUGACGACAAAAAAAAAAAAAAAACACUAAAUAUUUAUGGUGCGUUAUUCCCGAGUUGCAAUAUUUCUUUUAUCUUCUGUACAAUGAAGUACAACUUUAUUUUAUAACUGGUAUUGAUUUGCACUGUGAUGCUUGUUUCUUUGGUUUUGCACUGGAGCUCU